AUGGCGGCCGCUGAGGACGAUCAAGAGCUGUCAAUUGUCCGCGUCGAGGAAGGCAGCGGCGAGUACAGCAGCGGCACGGAACCGCUGGAACCGCCGUCAGAGGAGACUACUCCACCCUCUGCGGUGGAAGACGACGCCCCCGAAAGCGACGGGGUGGCUUAUCCGUACGGCGCCUACCAGGUCCGUGAGAAGGAAGCCCGCUUCGUCCACAGUGUCGAGCUGCCGCAGAGUCACGGUGUCCUACCUGUCCUGCCCCCCGACGCCGAAUGGGAGUCGAACCAGCGCAGCAGCGAGGCCUUCCGAACCACUUCGCGAGACGGUGCGGCUUCCCAUCGGCGCUUGAAGGCGCGCGUGUUGGUCGUGUCGGCGGCGGUGACGUGCUCGCUGGCGGUGGCCGCCUAUCUUAUCUACCGGCAGCUGGUCGAGACGCCCCGACGUUUCGCCGAGAUGCGCGCCGACCAGACCGACUCCAUCAUUGCCGACUACACAGAACCCGCUCUGCCCACGUUCGGCGAUGAGCGGGACUCGGUGGAGGCAGCUGCCGGUGAAGGAGGACCAGGCCCCCUGCUUAACGUCACCUUCGACGACCUGCACCGGCUCGGGGCCUGGAGGAGAGCCUCGGGCCGCGGCAGCCGGGCCCGCUAGGGAGCUCCGGUGUCACUGCCUCGGCAGUGUCCCUGUACGUGCUCCCAUAGCCCUACGCCACGUAGGGCUAUGGGACUUUUAAAUCGGACACUGCAUCGUACCAACUACUUCGGUGCAA